UUUGGCUUCCUCACCUCAAAAUUCACCGGUAAAUCCAGAGACGACGACGACGGUCACGUUGUUUCACGAAGCUUCGCAGUCAACACCAUCAUCGGAACUUACCGGAGUUCGCUACGGUAGGUUUGGAUUCUAUCUCUUGGGGAAAAAACACAAGAGGUAAUCAGACAAAGCAACACCAUGAACACUGAGAAUAAUCAGACUACUCACUCGAAAGUGAUCUCACAUGUAUUCUUCACUGGUACUGCUAAGCAAGGCUCUGCUGGGCCACCCAUUGGUCUUGUCGAUAUCGGCGUCAGCGAAGUUGCUUACAUCUUCAGAGUCUCUCUCCCUGGCAUUGAGAAAAAUCAAGAUAAGAUCAAAUGUGAGAUUCAGAGGGAGGGAAGAGUUUGCAUCCAAGGAGUAGUACCUGAGAUUGCGAUUCCAAGUGACACCGGAUGCUUAUACAGAAUGCAGGUGCAACAGCUCUGCCCGCCUGGUCCAUUCUCAAUCACGUUUAAUCUUCCAGGACAAGUGGAUCCUCGCUUGUUUUCUCCAACAUUUAGACCUGAUGGGAUCUUUGAAGUUGUUGUCGUCAAGCUCGGAGUACGUAUCCCAACUUCAUAGUUCCGGUCCAUGCUUAAUCAGCAUUUAGUAGCACCUGUAAGUCUUUGGUUCGGAUUCAGAGGUUAGAGACUCAAGAAUGUUCUAGUUUCUUUUUUUUUUUUGUAAAAUCAUGUUCAAUGAUCCGAUUCCUUAAGAUGUUCUUAGACUCAGGAAAAAGUUUUAACACAAUUUUUUAUAUUAA